UACACACACUUUCGUAUUUAUCGGGUGAAGAAGGGGAGGAAAGGCCACGAACGUACUUUCGGGCCCAGUGUGUUCCGAGAUUUCGCGCCGAGAGGACACACGACCAUACAAUCAACUCCUGUCCCUUCACUCCGUAAACUCUGUUUCGUUCGAUUCAUCCUCGAUCGUGACACGUUUCUUCUUUCUCUUUUUACUUCUCUUCCUUGUGGCUGCUCGAAGAGUUAACGGGAGGAACACCAACCAUUCUCGACAUGGCUUCGGCAAUCAAGCUCCUAUUGGUCGUCUGCGCUUUGCUUGUCUGCAGUGUAACGGCGGAAUCGGAAGUGGGACAGACAGGAAGAUCACGGGUCUCCGACGAGCAAGUAAAUAUGGCCCUAAGCGAUCAGCGUUACUUGAGGAGACAGCUUAAAUGUGCUUUGGGAGAAGCUCCCUGUGACCCGGUCGGGAGACGUUUAAAAAGUUUAGCGCCGCUGGUUUUGAGAGGCUCCUGCCCGCAAUGUAGCCCUGAGGAAACACGACAGAUCAAGAAGGUCCUUUCACACAUUCAACGAACCUAUCCAAAGGAGUGGUCGAAGAUAGUGCAGCAGUAUGCCGGAGUUUCGUAAGACGAAGGAUAAUGGGAGCAGCUGCGAGGAAAACGACGAUGCUAGAUACUUCGAUAAAAAGAGAAGCGGCCGAGAGAAGGGAAACGCAAACCUGUUUAGAAUAGUCGUUUAACGCAGUCGCGACCAUUCGCAUAUACUAUGGACUCUCACCAAAAUUGUUGACACUUUCUUUUAGGAUCGUGCGACCUGUUUUUCGAACUAGGUAAAUUCGUCGAUAGAAUCGCUUUCCGAUUUACCAACGUAUCGAUGCAUCCAGCAUCGGCGUUAUUUCUUAAGAACCGAUGUACGCUUAUGUUUUCCUUUACACAUUCCCGAAGGAAUCGUAGAGUCAAUAUUUUUUACGACGCGCGUUGUUUUACGCGCGUGGUUAAAUAUCCAUAUUCGCGUUGUAAGAUCGUUGUAAGCAAUAUUUUAUGCAUCCUGACAGGAUGGUAUACUCGCAAUACA